AUGGUCGUGCCUCGUGGCACGGCAGCACCCGUACUAUUGAAAUGGUUCGUCAGUAGAGAUGUUCCCACAGGUGCCCCUUCUUCUAAUGGUACUAUAAUUCCUAUUCCUAUCCCUUCAUUCCCUCUUUUGGUCUAUCUACAUUCCAGGAAAUUCAUACGCUCCACGGACGGAGCAAAAAGCGGAGUCUUGGUCAGAGCAAGCCGACCUAUUCUAUUACCAGACAUAAUUGGGGGAAGCUCAUCCGAAACUAGAGCUAGAAAGGCCUUAUUUCGUUUCGUUCCUGUUCGUCAUUUCCUUCUUAUCGAAAAAAAGGGGGAUUUCUCAUAUUUAGAAUCUUUCUGCGGUGUGCUCCGUUUACUAUUCUUUCGUACUUUCUUCUCUUUACCACGCGAUAGGUCAGCGAAGCGUGAGCGGGCGCGGAGAAGGAAAGGCCAAAGACUUCAGCCUAACGGGAAUGAGCAAGGACGAAAUGACAAGAUGAGGCGCCCUGGGCACCCCCAUUUAGAAAGAAGGGCCGAAGUUUUUGGGCCUGUAGCUUUACCCGUCCCCACUGAGUCGGGCGGUGCUUGUGUGGGGGGUGCGCCACCAGAAAUCGGGCUUGAAGCUCUCACCUUACCAACGAACCGACAGCUGAUGGCUGUUGGUCACGACUACUACAAAAAAGCCCCAAUGAAGAUGAAUAUUUCACAUGGAGGAGUGUGCAUCUUUAUGUUGGGUGUUCUUCUGUCGUGCGACCCGGCGGCUUAUGUGCGACCUGUGGCCCACGCCUCCUAUUUGUUCAGGGCGGGCGGCGUGAACUCUGAUUCGAUCCGGGUAUUCAAUCCCGCCGCUGAGAUGCUCAGUUGA